UUUUCAGGGAAAUAUUUAUUUCAUAACACCUAGUUACAUUCUUGUACUUUAUUUCUCUCUGCUAAAGAGCAUCUCCUGACUCCCAAAUAGCACAGAUGCAGAACAGGACAGAAGUGACAGAGUUCCUCCUACUAGGACUCACCAAUGCCCCAGGACUACAGGUGGCCCUCUUUAUCAUGAUCACACUUAUCUAUUUCAUUAAUGUUCUUGGAAACCUUGGGAUGAUUGUUCUCAUUCUCACUGAUUCUCGUCUCCACACUCCCAUGUACUUUUUUCUUGGUAGCUUGUCUCUGGCGGAUUUAGGCUACUCUUCUGCUGUCACUCCCUCAGCCAUGGCUGGGCUCCUUCUAGGAGACAAGGUCAUCUCCUACAAUGUCUGUGCUGCUCAGAUGUUCAUUUUUAUAGCCUUUGCCACUGUGGAAAAUUUCCUCUUGGCAUCUAUGGCUUAUGACCGCUUUGCCGCUGUGUGCAAACCCUUACAUUACUCUACCACCAUGACUACAGGUGUGUGUGCCCGUCUGGUCAUAGGCUGCCAUGUCUGUGGUUUCCUGAAUGCCUCCAUCCACAUUGGAGAAAUAUUCAGUCUCUCCUUCUGUAAGUCCAACGUGGUUCAUCACUUCUUCUGUGAUAUUCCAGCAGUCAUGGCUCUCUCUUGCUCUGAUAGACACGUCAAUGAGCUGGUUCUUGUUUAUGUAGCCAGCUUCAAUGCCUUUUUUGCUCUUCUAAUUAUCUUGGUGUCCUACCUAUUCAUAUUUAUCACCAUCCUGAAGAUGCGCUCAGCUACAGGAUACCAGAAAGCUCUGUCCACCUGUGCCUCCCAUCUCACUGCAGUCUCCAUUUUCUAUGGGACAAUUAUCUUCAUGUACUUGCAGCCCAGCUCCAGUCACUCCAUGGACACUGACAAAUUUGCCUCUGUGUUCUACACCAUGGUCAUCCCCAUGCUGAACCCUGUGGUCUACAGCCUCAGGAACACGGAGGUCAAGAGGGCAUUCAAGAAGAUAGUUUUAGAGGGAAAAGUGUUUCUAAAAUUUUGAUUUAAAAAUUGUAGGAUGCUCAAUAACUUAAUGUCAUGCUUCUCAGAUCUUCUCCAUGUGCUGAACCACAUAUUAAGGUGCAUAUCGAAGUCAAGUUCCUGAAGUCAAAUACUUAUCUCCUCAAAAAUCAGUUUAUUGUGUAGAAACAAGGAAACAUAUCCAGAAAUAUAAUAUUCUGUAUAACAAUGGUGAGAGGAGUCACAAGAUAUUUUGCUUCUGGCUUAUCAAACGAAUGUAUUAAGGAUAUUUGAUUAAUUCAUUUCAUCUAUAUGCCCUUUUUCUAUCACACAUUAGUAGAAACACACAUGUAAAGUUAGAAAAAACUUGUGACUGUGAACAUUUUCAUGAAUAUACCCACAUGAGUACAUAUAAAUGAGUAGAAAAUUUGCCAGACAUAAAUAGAAUGUGACUAAUUUUGGUGAAAAAAAAUUAAGUA